UAAAAAAAAGCAAGCUUCCUGCCUCUUUAGCCUUCCUGCCUCCUUACCCUCUUCACCGUUUCCAAUUUUCAGAAAGUUAGGGGAACUUCUAGUCAAAGUCUUCUCCUCGUCCCUCUCGCCUCGCCUCGAUAAUUAUCUCCUGCAACUAAGAGGUAAAGGAAACAAAGAAAAUGGCUCAAGAGAAGGAAUCAACUUCUAUUCCACUCAGUCAAGCUGAAAAUGGCGGCCUAGAUCCCGAGGAUCAUGCCAAGUCUCCACCUACCUCCGCUAAUUCUUCUACUCGCGAGGCUUGCUGUUUUGUUCUUCAGAGUUGGGUCUCAAAGAAAUUUAUGACUGGAUGUGUAGUUCUGUUUCCUGUAGCAGUUACAUUUUUUAUCACAUGGUGGUUUAUCCAGUUUGUUGAUGGUUUCUUCAGUCCAUUAUAUGAACAGCUUGGAAUUGACAUAUUUGGUAAGGGUUAAAUACAGUACUAGAGUCUUCUUGUGUAUACUUGAAGUAUA